AUAUGCAAAUUCCAGUCCAUUUUUACCAUUAUCAUGCCAAUUGUUUGGAUCAAAAUGUCCUACUAAUCCAAACAUUAAUGGAUUUGUUAAACAAGAAUUUAAUGUUGUAGUUGAUUUACAAGGCGGAUUUGCAGAUUUAAGUAAUGGACAUACUUAUGUU